AUGCCACGAGAAAUAAUCACACUUCAAGCUGGGCAAUGUGGCAACCAAAUUGGUAGUGAAUUUUGGAAACAAAUCUGUACUGAACACGGAAUUAGCAAGGAUGGCACUUUGGAAUCAUUCGCAACAGAAGGAGGUGACCGAAAGGACGUGUUUUUCUAUCAAGCAGACGAUGAACAUUAUAUUCCCCGUGCAUUACUAUUAGAUCUGGAACCAAGAGUAAUCAAUAAUAUAAAAGCAUCACAAUUUGCCAAUCUUUAUAAUCCUGAAAAUAUAUUCAUUUCAAGCGAAGGAGGUGGAGCAGGAAAUACAUGGCCAAACGGCUAUUUACAAGGAGAGAAAUUCUCUGAGGAUAUAUUGGACAUGGUUGAUAGGGAAGCAGAUAAUAGCGAUUCGUUAGAAGGCUUCAUGCUAUUACACUCUAUCGCAGGUGGUACAGGAUCAGGAUUAGGAUCCUUUCUGCUGGAAAGGCUCAAUGAUCGUUAUCCAAAAAAGUUGAUCCAAACCUAUUCUGUAUUUCCCAAUUCACAAGAAGUGUCAGAUACUGUAGUUCAACCCUAUAACAGCAUGCUUGCAUUAAAGAGAUUAACCAACUGUGCCGAUAGUGUAGUGGUGCUGGAUAAUGCUGCUUUAUCCUCCAUUGCAACUGAUAGAUUACACAUUCAGCAACCAACUUUUGAACAGACAAAUCAAUUGGUAUCCACAGUCAUGUCUUCGAGUACAACGACACUUAGAUAUCCAGGAUAUAUGAAUAAUGAUCUAGUGGGCAUUGUUGCUUCAUUAAUACCCACUCCGAGAUGUCAUUUCUUGACAACUGCAUACACACCAUUUUCAAGUGAGCAAGUAGAGAAGGCUACCUCCAUCAGAAAGACGACUGUACUGGACGUAAUGAGAAGAUUACUACAGCCAAAGAAUAGAAUGGUGUCUACAGUACCCUCAAAACGCAGUUGUUAUAUUUCAGUAUUAAACAUUAUCCAAGGAGAAGUCGAUCCAACCGAAGUACACAAGUCACUAUUACGUAUACGUGAAAGAAGACUGGCUACCUUCAUCCCUUGGGGCCCUGCUAGCAUUCAAGUGGCGUUGUCGAAGAAAUCACCCUAUGUACAAACACCACAUCGCGUCAGUGGGUUGAUGUUGGCAAAUCAUACGAGCAUAGCAUCCUUAUUCAAACGCACAAGUGAUCAAUAUGAUAGACUAAGAAAAAGAAAUGCCUUUUUGGAGCAAUAUAGGAAAUAUGACAUGUUUGCGGAUGAUCUGGAUGAGUUUGACGACUCUAGAAACGUAGUCCAGGAUCUCAUUGAUGAAUAUGAAGCAUGCGAAACACCAGAAUAUGUCAACUACGUAAGAUAA